AUGUCGCUGGAGGCGCUGCCCACGGACGCGCACCUGCACGGCGACGGCACCGUCAACAAGAGCCUCUUCUGCUUCCCGCCCAACAACUCCGCCGCCGCCGCCACCUCCUCCGGCGUCUUCGCCGGCGACGACCCGCUCAAGUUCUACUUCCCGCUGCUCCUCUGCCAUGUCUGCAUCGUCUUCGCGCUCUCCCGCGCCAUCCACGCCCUGCUCCGCCGCGCCAGCGUCCCCCUCGUCAUCUCCCAGAUACUCGCCGGUGCGCUGCUCGGGCCGUCGUUCCUCGGCCGGGUCUCCCCGCACGCCGGCGAGCUCUUCGCCAUGCCGGAGGGGUGGGUGCAGAUCAACACGGUCGGCGGCUACGCCUUCAUGCUGCAGAUCUUCGUCAUCGGCGUCAAGACGGACCUCGGCGUGUUCGUCAAGUCUGGUAAGAAGGCCGUCGCCAUCGCCAUCAUCGGCACCGUCGCGCCCCAGGUCGCCAUGAGCGCCGCCGGCGCCGCGCUCAGCGCGCGCGUGCCGGCGUCCUGGAAGGCCACGUUCAUGCUCACGGGCCUCACCUCGUCCUGGUGGCUCUCCGCGUUCAUCGUCGUCUGCUGCACGCUGGACGACCUCAACCUCCUCUCCUCCAAGCUCGGCCGCCUCGCCAUGUCCGCCGCGCUCAUCGGCGACUUCGCCAACAACCUCUCCGUCGCCUUCAUCACGUCCUACCUCCUCGCGUCCAGCCCCUCCGAGAAGCUCCAGCGGAUCGGCUUCGUGUCCAUCGCCACCUUCACCAUCUUCGUCGGGUUCGUGGUGUUCGUGGCACGCCCGGCCAUCCUGCGGCUGAUGCGCGACGUGCCGGAGGGCGCGCUCCUCUGCGAGGCGCGCCUUGUCGCCGUCCUGCUCAUCACCAUCACCUGCGGCUUCGCCAGCAAGGUGCUCGGCCUCCACGCCACGUACGGCCCCUUCAUGCUGGGGCUACUGCUCCCCGGCGGCGCCUCUCUCGGGGUCACCAUGGCGGAGCGGCUGGACCGGCUGGUCGCCGGCUUGCUCCUGCUGCUCAUGUUCGCGCAGGGCGGCAUGAGGCUGGACGUCUACAAGAUGACGGACGCCUCGACGUGCCUCCUCCUCGAGGUGUUCCUGGUGGUCGGCGUUGUCGCCAAGUUCGCCUCGUGCAUGGCGCCGUGCCUGUUCUGCGGGAUGUCGCACCGGGAGGCCUUCAUCGUCGGCCUCAUGAUGAACUUCAAAGGCAUCAUUGACGUCGUCUACGCCUCAGCGUUCAUGGACGCUAAGGUGUUCGAUGAACAAGUGUACGCGACGUUCAUCAUCACCUCGCUGGCGGUGGGCGCAACGACCGCGGCGGCGGUGAAGCACAUCUACCACCCCGAGGAGAAGUACGUGGCGUACCGGCGGUGCACGGUGCAGCACAAGAAGAUAGACGAGGAGCUGCGGGUGCUGGCGUGCGUGCAUUCGCAGGCCGACGUGGGGCCGAUGCUGGCGCUGCUCGACGCGUCCAGCCCGUCGCCGGAGUCGCCGAUCACCCUCUACCUGCUGCACCUCGCGCCGUUCGCCGGGCUCACCACCUCCGUGCUCCGCCCCUACAAGCUCGGCGACCGCAACUCCGCACCGUCGGGUGCCGGCACCAACUCGGAGCACAUCGUCAACGCGUUCCGGUUCUUCAUGCAGCAGCGGCCGCCGGGCUCCGUGUCGCUGCUCCCGUUCGUCUGCAUCGCGCCCAACGCCACCGUGCACGACGACGUGUGCGCCGUCGCGCUCGAGAAGCGCGCCAUGCUCAUCGUCGUGCCGUUUCACCAGCGCCUCGCCAUCGACGGCUCCGUCGAGAACACCACGGAGAAGGCCGGCGCCAUCCAGGCGGCCAACUUCAACGUGCUCCACUACUCGCCCUGCUCCGUCGCGAUCCUCGUCGACCGGGGCAGCCUCUCCGUCGUGCCCGGGGAAGGCGCCGACACCGACGGGUUCCCUCACCGCGUCGCGCUGUAUUUCCUCGGCGGACCGGAAGACCGGGAGGCGCUGGCGCUAGCGAUGUACAUGGCCGAGGACGCGCCGAUAGGGCUUACCGUUUCCCGGUUCGUGCUGCCGCCGGAGUGGCGCAACGGCGGCGACACCGUCGAGGACCGGCUCGACGAGGAGGCGGUGCAGGAGUACGUCCGGCGGCUGGUCGACGGCCAACGGCUCGUGUACAGCGAGCACAUGGUCACUGGCUCCGGCGGCAUGGUUGCUGUCAUCCGCGAGACGAGCCGGGCUUCCGACCUGCUGAUCGUCGGCCGGCGAGCGGAGAGCCCCGAGUCGGCGCUGACGGCCGGCAUAUCGGACUGGAGCGAGCACCUGGAGCUCGGCGUCCUCGGCGACCUGCUCACAUCGGCGGACUUCGGGUGCCGGUUGUCGACGCUGGUGGUGCAGCAGCAGACCAGGGCCGCCGCCGGCGAGAUCAGCCGCCAGUCCUCGGUGAAGAACGUGGAGCAGCGACUCGAAUCUGACGGCCAAGUUUGUAAACAACGGAACUUUGUUUAG